GCGGAAUGAUAUGUGACGGCUUCAAACAACUGGCAGCAACCUGGAGGGAAAAAGCAAUACAUUGAAUCUGGACAGCGGUUUCUGAGCAUUGCAUUGCAAUGCCUUGACCUAAGGUGUACAUCAGACCUUAGCAGCAUUGUUUUUUUUUCUUACUUGUUUACAUAAUUUAAUCAGCCUAAUAAUGACAUGGAUGCGACUGAGCGGCCUGCAGUUGUGAUUGACAAUGGCACAGGGUACACAAAAAUGGGUUUUGCCGGGAACGUGGAGCCGUGCUUCAUCAUUCCGACAGUUGUUGCCCUUAACGACUCUUACUUUGUCCAGAUGGGCGGGAGCCGGGGCGGAAAGCCACUAAGUAUGUCGGCUGCUUCUUUGCACAGUGCUGGGGUGAUGGCAGAUCUUGACUUCUACGUCGGGGAAGAGGCUCUUUCCCGAGCUAACACGCACUCUCUGAGUUUUCCUGUCAGACAUGGGCAGGUGGACAACUGGGACACUAUGGAGCGCUUCUGGCAGCAAUGUAUCUUCAACUACUUGCGCUGCGAUCCUGAAGAUCAUUACUUUCUCCUCACUGAGAGUCCGCUAACGGCUCCGGAGAAUCGUGAGUACAUGGCAGAGAUCAUGUUCGAAACGUUCAACGUACCUGGACUUUAUAUUGCAGUUCAAGCAGUGCUUGCUCUUGCAGCUUCCUACACUACCUCAAAGCAUGCUUUGACAGGGGUGGUAGUCGAUUCUGGCGAUGGGGUUACGCAUGUGGUUCCGGUCGUGGAUGGCUACGUGAUUGGGAGCAGCAUCAAGGCCAUCCCAAUUGCUGGGAGAGACAUCACCUCCUUCCUGCUGCAGCUGAUGAGGGAACGAGGUGAGCCUCUGCCUUUGGAUGAGUGCCUCGAUGUUGCGAGAAGGAUUAAGGAGACUUGCUGCUACACAUGUCCGGAUAUUGUCAAGGAAUUCGGAAAACAUGACCGAGACCCAAAGAAAUACAUCAAGCAGUGGUCGGGGAUCAAUCCCCGUAAUAAUCAGGUUUUUUUUUCGCCGGAAAUUUACAGCAGCGAGUUCACCACCCCCCUCCCUCGAGUGGUAGAUGAUUGCAUUUGUUCCAGUCCAAUUGACACACGACGCUCCCUCUACAAGAACAUAGUGCUGUCGGGCGGUUCAACGAUGUUUAAGGACUUCCAAAGAAGACUCCAAAGGGACAUUAAGAAGCUUGUUGAACAGCGGGUGACUGGAUCUAUUGCGAGGUCUGGCGCACAAGAAAAAGUCAAGUAUGAGGCAGUGGAGGUGAAUGUGAUUGGACAUCACAUGCAGCGCUUUGCUGUCUGGUUUGGAGGGAGUGUGCUUGCAUCCAACCCUAUGUUUUACUCAGCCUGUCACACUAAGGCAGAGUACGAGGAGCACGGCCCCAGCAUCUGCAGGACAAAUCCUGUCGCGAGGAUUUUACCCCUCCUUGCUUGGAGGGAGGAGGUACUCUUUGACCGAGGCUGGCUCUCUGGUGGAUUACUGAAUGAUGAUGGCGAUGAUGAUGGUCAUGACGAUGACGAUGAUGAUGAUGAUGAUGAUGAUGACGAUGAUGAUGAUGACGAUGAUGAUGAUGAUCUGCAAAUAAAGUGGAAUGAUCCGCAAAUAAAGUAGCACCGUGCAUAAGUAGUCAGUGUUUCCACUCCUACUGCUUCAGCGUUUCCAGUUCUGCUUCAGCGUUCCCACUCCUACUGCUUCAGCGUUUCCACUCGUACUGCUUCAGCGUUUCCACUCGUACUGCUUCAGUAUUUCCACUCGUACUGCUUUAGUGUCUCCACUCGUACUGCUUUAGUGUUUCCACUCUUACUGCUUCACUCAUACUGCUUUAGUGUUUCCACUCGUAGUGCUUUAGUGUUUCCACUCGUACUGCUUUAGUGUUUCCACUCGUACUGCUUCACUCAUACUGCUUCAGUGUUUCCACUCGUAGUGCUUUAGUGUUUCCAUUCGUACUGCUUCAGCGUUUCCAUUCGAACUGCUUCGUUGCUCUACAAGAAAAGAAAGGUGCUCCACUUCCAGCGUGAAUGUAGACGGAGAGGGCUCGUAGAUGCGGCCUGAGAGUUUGCAGAUUUGUCGUUAAACCACCAGUACCUCGCUCAGCUAUUGAAUCCGAGCCUCCCAGCACGCUGCGCGCCAAGUCCUGCCAAACCGCCGUAGCAAUUUUCUUUGUCGUUUUGCCUGCGGCCUCCAGCCAAUGCGGUCCGGCAGGCCGAAGCCCAAAUGGCGCGGCGCGUAUACGGGAAGCGCCGCGGCCGAUAGCUGGGCCAGGUACUGGUGGUUUAAUUCUUUCCCUGGUCUGUUGUGAAUGUAAUUGCACGUAGGUGGACGACUCUUCACAAUUUUUUUUUCUAUUGAUUGGAGUGAAAUUAUACGGGUGUAGGCAAGUAUAAUAAUUAAGUUAAUUAACUCAAUAACAAAUAUGUAGUAAUAAUAAUCGACGGAGGGUAAUAAAGGAAAGUUCCGUAG